AUGCCGUGCCCACAACCAGACGGCCCAAAUACGACCGCACUGCCGGACACAGCCACCUCCACCAUCUGUGUUAAAUGUAGAAUGAACCCCGCAAUCUCCAUCUUCCGUGAUUCCAUCUACUGCCAGUCCUGCGCUCUCGCCGUCUUCUACCAAAAAGCCAAGUCCGGUCUCGAAUACGCACGAGGAGCUGGCCUCGCGAAAUACGUCGCCGCUGCUAAAGCUGCAGUCUUGUCUGACCGCCCUGCAGCCUCCACAUCCACCACUGCUCCCACCGUGAACGGAGAAGGCAGCAAGACAGGGAACCAAAUCAACAAUGGUGGAGGAAAUGCAGAAGUCAACGUCUCAGCUAGCAUUGCUGUUGCUUUCAGUGGUGGUUCGAGCUCAAGAGCGCUACUGAGGUCAGCUGUGCAGUAUUUCCGACCGGAGACUGUUGUUGAUCGUACUGCUAGACGUAAGAAGGGGAGAGGGGACAAGGCUGAUCCUACACCAAUAGACUCCGCUUCAUCCGAACGAAAGAAUAGUGCUGGUCCAACAGGGAGGUUCAAUGAAGUAGGAAAGAUCUACGUCUUCUUCAUUGAUGACAGCGCGCUAAUUCCUGAUGGGGUGGACCAGACAGAAGAGGUGCGGAAGAUGGUUGAGGAGGAAAACUGCCCAGAUUUGCAUUUCGUGCCGUUGAAGAUUGAAGACAUAUACCGCACCACUUCCUCUUCAGCUCAGGGAGUCGCCUGGAGACUUCACGAUAGCGAUACUCAACAUCUCGCAUCUACUUCAACUUCCGUCUCGAACCCAACCCAGGCAAUCAAAGAUCUGUUCGCCUCCCUCCACCCAACCUCUACACCUCGCACCGGUGCCUCAUCGGCAAGAACAAGAGUAGAAGACCUGCAUCGAAUCCUCAUCGCCACUCUCCUGCGAAGCACUGCAUCCGAAUACGACUGCUCUGCUCUCCUGCUUGGUGAUUCUGCGACUCGAAUCUCUAUUCGUCUGAUCGAAGAUCUCGCUAAAGGGGCAGGUCAUAAGUUGCCGGUACAGGGAAGCGAUGCAGUCUGGAUCGACGAUUUGCUCGUCGUUCGACCACUCAAAGGCCACCUGAUGCAGGAAAUCCUAUUCUAUACCUCUGCACUCGGACUCGAGCCUCUUUUCCCGGAACAGCAUGUCGUACUAUCUACGGUGUCCACUAACGACAUUUGUUCGAACACGAAUAGCAAUGUUCCUGCCAUGGAUAAAAGCUCAAUUGCAAAGCUGACAGAGACGUUUAUUCUGAACCUCGAAAAGGGCGUACCAAGCACAGUAACAACCAUCGGAAAGACGGGAAGCAAGCUCGUACUCAACCAGCCUACUUCUACCGCGCAAGGCGAGGAAGGAGUGGCAAACUCAACAAGCAGCUUCCAACAAGUGGGACCUAGUGUCUCGCUACGAUCCCGUGCCCAAAUCCCACCAACAACAGGGAUGGCGGGAAUGACGCUUUCAGAUCCCUCAGAACCACGCAUUGGAUCGAGGGGAAUCAAGUUGGCCCAAACAAGUGCAUCUUGUUUUAACUGGUCCACGUCCUCCGGCUGUGCGCUUUGUGGGAUGCCCUCCCAACAUCCGCAUGCGAGACACUGGAAGAGGGACAUUACCAUCUCGAGCCUUGCGGAGACGGCACCGAGUCAGCAGAAGCACACAGCAGAGGAAGGCAAGGAGAAAGGAUGGUUGGAAUUGGCUGAUCAUCUGUGCUAUGCUUGUUUGUUAGUUCUUUCUCCGCCUGAUGCGGGGAUUGCGUUGCUUCCGGCGUAUGUGUUGGAUCAUAUCCUGCGAGCCACUACGCAGGCGGACACCAAUGGCGUAGAGGCUCACGUGGAUGGGGAGAGAACUGACGACGAUGAUAUGGACGCAGCAAACGGUUCCAGUGGCCACAAACAAGGAUGUGGAACCCACGAAACACCUCAGCCGCUCAAACAGUCAGAAAUGAAAGCUCAGAUCAACGAGUUCCUCCUCGAAGAUUAG